CUCAUACGAGCGUGGAUAUUGUAAAUGGUAGGGGAGUUGUGGAGUUGUGUGUACAAGUAUCCCGUACGAAGCUUUCCAACUUCAACCUAAAUCAACUGCUCCUGAUUAGCUAGACGCUCCAUUUUCAGCAUGUUCCAGCUCCUUUGGUGAUUCUGGAAAUGUAGAUGUUUAAUAUUUUGAGCUAGAAUGUUGGAAAAUGACGUCCGAACAAGUGGGAGAAGUCAUGACUUCGAACGCUCCCAUUCCCGCUGAAGUAGGUUUGUCGACUGCCUACGAUAGCCGACUUUUUGGAUUCAUGACGACGGAAGGGGAAGAGGGAGCCCAGAAAAAGGCCAUGCUAAAUAAGGCCAUUGCCCAGCUUGAGCAGGAGAUCAAGAAGAAGGAGGUCAGUGACCCUAAGAUCUACUGCAAGCUGGGACACUACCAUUUACUGCUGGGAGAAUACAGCAAAGCGCUAUCAGCUUACCAGAAGUUCUUCACGUUGGAUAGCGAAUACUGGAAGGAUGCAACCUUUCUCUAUGGACUGGGUAUGGUCUACUUCCAUUUUAGCGCCUACCAGUGGUAAGUCCCAUAUGCUUUUUUUUGUGUUGGUUUGUCGUUAGUGAAGUGUCCUACUACAUGUUCAUUUGUUUACGUGUAUCUUUACGAUGUCUGUGUACUUAUUGUGUGUGACAUUUAGGGACCUGUACUAUUAAGUGCUAUAUAUUUCUUUUAUGUUUGUGGGUGCAUACCUUUGCUGGGGAAAAGUUGAAUUCCUUUUUGUGGACAUCUUUGACGAAGAUUCCCUGCUGAUUAUACAUAUUCGAUCUUAUUAUAUUAAGGCGUGUAGCUAUAUGCUUUAGGCUACUUUAUUGUGUGUGUGUGUGAGUGUGUGUCUGCGUUAGUGCAUUGAUGGAUGAAAGAGUGCUCAAUAGUUUGCUCAUACUUUUGUGAAUAUAUUCUAUUGAUGUUCCUCCUGUUGACGUACAGUUGAUCAAUAUGUCUGCCAUACCUAUA